AUGGCGGCGACGGUGCCGCCAGUGAACGAUGAUCCGGACAAGCUGGACCCCCCGGCCGACCAGGCAGACAGUGACUUGGAUGCGGAGGGGGAGGAGGAAACAGACCUGUACGAGAUGGAUCAACAACUGCAGAAUGCGGUUCACCAGUCAUACUCAGGUGAGGUGGACGAAGAGAAUGGCCAUCAUGGAAUAAAUGGUGGAGGCCUGAGCGCUGCCACCAACAGUGGACUGAAUGAUGGCGACAACGACGAGACUGAACCUGUCGGAGCUGUAAAGCUCCCGGACGACGAUGAUGAUAACGACGACGACGCUCCCUCCGAGAAUGACGAUUCCGAGUCUGGGACGGCCGACGGCGAUGUUGACCCCGCAUUUGAAGAAGACAACGACCAAGCAGCCUCCGAAUCGAGCGAAUCAGAAUCAGAAGCCGAGGAAGACUGGGAGGCCGAGAGUAAUGGUCGUGAGGAUGCGGAUAUUGAUACUCGCAGCGGGGCGUUGUGCAUGUUUUGCACCCAAGAUGAGGAACACGAUCCAAGUGAGGACUUUGAGGAGUGGUUGACUUGCGCAGUUUGCGUCGAUCAUUCCCAUCGGCAAUGCGCCCGUGAACAAGAAGCCUUUGACGAUUCUGAAGAUCCUUGGAGAUGUCCCACUUGUGUUCAAAACAACCUUGAACCUGAACCUGAAUCACCAGUACAACCGAAAAAUGGGGCUGGUCAUCUAACCAAAGAGCUUUUGCCUGCCCACUCGGGAAAUCAAGAGGAUGGCUUCCACUCCAUCUUCGAUAACAACAUCAGUGAUGAGCUGUUGAACAGCUCGCGGUCCCUACGGAAAAGGAAAGCUUCAUCCGUGGAAGAAGAAGAGCACGUACCCGUACUACGGAAGCGACGGCGACAAACCGACCUUUCUGAUGCUCAUGAUAUUGGCUUUGAUGGCAGUGCCGAUCAGCGCACUGACGGCGCGGCAUCUCCAGCACGACCUAUGCGCCCUCGACGGACGCGAGCGGUUGAGCGCGAACAUUGCCGCAUCGUUACAAAACAGUUGGGGAAACUUGUCGUCGGUUUCCGUCUAGAAGAAGGAAAGGUGACGAAAAUCCUCAGCACGCAGAGUCGACCACUGCGCAAAAAGAAGAAAGCCCCUAAGCCACCGACGCCUCAAGAAACCCAAGCCCAUUUCGCUCCCAUUCCUCCUGCCCCCUACGUCAAUCAUUUCCAUCCUUUCCAAGAUCGGGAAAUCGAUGAAUCAAAAUCCAAGCCAUACGGUGGCAUUCUGUCCGAAGCGGAGGCAGACACCUCCAAAACCUUACCCUUGCAAGCGGAUCGAGACAAGUUUGAACAAGCUCGCCAACGAGCCGAAGAUGAGUGGCAGCGCAAGGUCCGCGAAGCAGAACUCAAUGGCGAAGCAACCCCUACUGCCUCACAAAAGGUGUCGGGUCCCCCGUCGAAAAUCAAGUACAUCAACUUUGGUGGCUAUGAAAUUGAGACUUGGUACGCCGCACCUUAUCCGGAGGAGUACAGUCGCAAUCGCGUACUUUACAUUUGCGAGUUCUGUCUAAAGUACAUGAACUCGGACUAUGUCGCUUGGCGGCAUAAGCUUAAAUGCCCUGCAAAGCACCCGCCCGGUGAUGAGAUUUACCGGGAUGGGUCGAUUUCAAUCUUUGAGGUGGACGGUCGGAAGAACCCAGUUUACUGCCAAAAUCUGUGUCUCCUCGCCAAGCUGUUCCUGGGGUCGAAGACUCUGUACUACGACGUGGAGCCAUUCUUGUUUUACGUCAUGGCCGAGUAUGAUGACCUGGGAUGCCAUUUUGUUGGCUAUUUCAGCAAAGAAAAACGGCCAAGCUCGGCGAAUAACGUGUCCUGCAUUCUCACACUACCAAUCCACCAACGCAAAGGCUACGGCAACCUCCUCAUCGAUUUCUCCUACCUGCUCACCCGCAUCGAGGGCAAAAGUGGUUCACCCGAAAAGCCGCUCUCUGACAUGGGUCUGGUGUCUUAUCGAAAUUACUGGAGAUUGAUUCUGUCAUACCAACUUCGGGACCUCAAGACCCCUGUCAGCAUUGCCGAUUUGUCCGAUCGGACAGGCAUGACUGCAGACGAUCUUGUGUCCGCCCUGGAAGGACUUCGCGCUCUGGUGCGAGAUCCCGUCACAAAGACCUAUGCACUCCGUCUCGACAAAGACUAUUUCGAAGAGGUGAUUGCCAAGUGGGAGAAUAAAGGCUAUGUCCAGCUCAAUCCAGAUGCACUGACGUGGACUCCAUACGUCAUGGGCCGCAACAACCAGUCGCAUUUCGAUCGCACACCCCUACAUGCGGUCGCACCUCGCGACGACCCCGAUGAAGACGACGAGGAGCUGGAUUCCCGAGAAGAUGCCGAUGAAGAUACAAUGGCGAACGGAACGGACACAGAUGUGCUCGGAGAAACUGCUGGUCCACCCUCAACCGUUGGACUUGCGCACACCAACGGCCUUCACGAGCCUGAGCCCGCAGAACCCGAACCCCUUCCCGACCCAGCGGCCGGCAUUCCACCCUCUCGGUUUGAGCUUUGGCCUCCAGUACAUGUGCCGGCUCCUCCCAAACGCAAACCUGGCCGUCCAUUUGGUAGUUUCAAGAAUCACUCUCGGACACCUACUGCUACUCGGACAAGUGGCCGCAACACACCGCGACGAGCCUCGGGGCUUCCGCUGUUCACCCCCAACGCUGGCACUCCUAGUAUGCGUCGCGGACGUAGCGCCAUGGCAAUGGACUCUCCAGCAACGGAUGCAACUCCCGCCCAGACUAACGGUGUGGAUGACAGCGAGCUUGCUGACGAGGAGGCAGUUCUCGACCCCACUCCCGAAGAUCUAGGCCUGGUGGUUGAUGAAGCAGAGACACCGGCUGCCGGCGGCGAAGCUAUGGAGAUCGAAGAUGAUGAACAAGCCGAGGUGAACGGUGACGAAGAGGAUAUCGUGAAGACCAAUGGCAUCAACCACGACGAGUCGGAGGCUGCUGGGGAAUCGGACGCUGACGGCGAAGCCGAGUCUGAGCCAGAACCCCCUCAGACACCCGAAAAGAAACGAAAAUCGGCAUCUAAGUCUCCGACAGCCACAUCUCAAAAAACCAAAGGAAAACAGUCAGAUCACCAUGCCAAGACGCCUCAAUCGGUCAACCGCAAGGCUUUGGUGGAGAAGAUACAAGUGGUGGUCUCUGCUGAACCCGAAUCGGGACGGCGACGAAACAGCAAAAUUUCCACCACCGACGCAAACGGUAUCGAUUCCGACGUCGAUGCCGAGGGAGAAGAUGACAUUGACGGGGAGUAUGAGAUGGAUGGCGACGUGGUAAUGGAGACGUGA